GAAGUGAUUUGUUGAUAUGCAGAGUGGGCGGCUUCAGGGAAUAUUCACCCAAAGCAGAAGAACCAUCAUGGCCGCUGCCGUAGUAAGAGGUAUUGGCUCUAACCUUGCUAAAAACCUUCGAGAGAUUCGUCUACAUUUGUGCCAGACAUCGCCUGCGAGCCAAGGAGCAAGGUAAUUUCUCAAAUGUGAUUUGAUGGAAUCGAAAUGUGUUAACCAAUGUUAGCAUUAUCAUCAUAGCUAGGUACUUCGCCAGCGGUCACAGCAACCAUCAUAUAACUAGCCCAAGCUACUGGACUGCCAGACAGGCGUUAACGUUACACGUAAAGAGUUGGCAAACAAUUGCAAUCAGCUCAACUGAAAUCAUUUGCAGAUCACGCACUUAUCUAACUAGUUACAGCUCUACAACAUAUUUUCUAUGAUUUAUCGUGAUAUUCAUUCAACAGUAUGCAUCUAGAAGUUGCUGCUUAAUCAGUCAGCUACAUUGCUCUUUGCCCGUUACCAGUGAGAUAAUUGGCUCCCUUGUUUAAUAGCUAGCUAUUUCACUACUAUGGAAUAGUAUGUGGAUAGUAAAUAGUAUUAUGAAAUGGUGAAAUAACUAUUUCACUGUUAUUCCAUGUUCUUCAGGGAUUUUGUGGAGCAGCACUAUGUGGAACUGAAGAAGGCAAACCCCACAUUCCCCAUCCUCAUCAGGGAGUGCUCGGGUGUUCAGCCUAAACUUUGGGCUAGAUAUGGUGAUUGACAUGUUUUAACUGUAUGCCAAUUCAACUGCAAUGUUUAUGGCCAUGUAUUCAUUUGGUUCUUUCAAAUGUACCUUUUUUUUUUGCAGAUUUUGGUAAGGAGAGCAGUGUGGCCCUUGACAAUAUGAACGCUGACCAAGUGGCUAAAGCUCUGGAGACAGUUGUGAAAUCAAAAGCAUGACCAACCCAGCACUCUAAAGACACCUUUCCAACCAUGAGAUAGUGUCCAUUUGUAAAUUACAUGUAUCACAAAUCUCCAUUGCUGUUCUAAUAAAUCUGAGUACUAACUUGUAACUAGCUGCU